CACAAUCUUCUCGAUCUGUCAAUCUUUCAGCAAUACGCUGAGGUGAAAAGUCAAGUCAGGUCGUCUACUGUGCAGAUCUUCGGAUCCGAUUCACUUACCAAAGAUCCUGUAGGCUAUUUCCAAGGCACAUUGUCGGUGAGCAGCGCCCUAUCGCGAAAGGAGGAAAUGUCCGACAGCCCGCUGAACAUCAUUAAUAUUCGAGAUGUGCCGAUCCUCUCGUUAGCAAUGAGAGCUGACCAAGUUGAAGGAACAGCGGAAGAAUCGGAAAUUCGCGACGAGCUACACCAGAUGUUGCUCAAACGUGAACACUUUGGCAAGUUCUUCGAGGAGUUGAUGUUGCUGCUUCGUGGAGCGUUGGCCCAAAGACAGAUCCUGAGCAGCAGGACAAAUGUCACGAAUCACUAG